CGGAAGCUGGGGAAGAAGUGGAGGCUCCACAGUUAGGGAGCUGGGUGCCCAGGACGGCCAGACCCAGGGUGCCCUGGUGGCCGCCGCCCGGGACCUGCUCACCUAGCUGCGAACCGCUGGGAUCGUGCGAAGGUGCUGUCCCGCUGCUGCUGAUGCUGCUGCUGCUUGGCGACCUGCGAGCCAAUACUGAAGAGAACGAAGUCAGAGCCAUGGUGGGCAGCAGCGUCGAGCUCACUUGCAACUAUACCAGAGAAGAGAAUUUUGACUUGAAUGAUCUUUAUGUUUACUGGCAAAUCAGUGUUGCUGGCAGACUAGAAACUGUGACUUACCUGUCCAGUAACAGCUCCGUGGGCUAUGGCAAUAACCAGUACAAGGACCGGGCCCAGAUGUCACUAGACCGCAUGAGGCGAGGCGACUUCUCUCUAACCCUCUACAACAUCACUCCCCAAGAUGAACAGAAGUUCAACUGCCUGGUGAUUAGGAACUUGGUGAAGAUUGUGAAUAUCGAGGUCAUGCUGCACGUGGCAGCAAACUACAGCAUGCCUGUGGUCAGCGUCCCCUCCAGCACCUCCGAGGACGAGGAACUCACCUUCACGUGCAUGUCUAAGGAUGGCUACCCCGAGCCAAAGGUGUACUGGAUCAACAAGACGGACAACAGCCUGCUGGACGAGGCCCUGCAGAACAGUACGGUCUCCCUGAACCCACGGGGCCUGUACGACGUGGUCAGCAUCCUGAAGAUCCGGCGGGUCCCCAACAUAAACGUUGGCUGCUGCAUCGAGAACGUGCUUCUGCACCAGAACCUGACCGUCAGCAGCCAGACAGCACUAGCCAGUGAGAUCAAUGGCAGCAUCACAGAGAGCGUCAACGACACCCUCAAGCACCCAGGAAACACCUCUGAGCAAACCGGGACGGGGCUCAUUGUGCUGAUCGUUCUCGGUGUGGCAGUGGCAGUGGUAGUGGCCGUGUUCUUGGGGCGCAGGAGCUGGUGUCCCCACUGGAACUAUGCAGCAGGUGCCCAAGCUUCAAGGCCAGAGCUGGAGUUGACUGACCAUGUUUGACAAGAACUCACUGUUUGGGACAUGGACAAGGCUUCUGUGAGAUGUCACCAAGAGCGACGUCAGAUGGCAGCUUGAGAAUUGACUCCAUCAGGCCGGUGGCAAAGGGAGACUCUCAGCCCCACCUGCACCAUUAACAUGAGGCUUCGUGGACAUGAAGUCUCCUUGGUCUUGGAGGGACACACAGGGGCUUCCUCUGCAAAGACUACACUUGACCCCAGGGAGAACGGGUGGGGUUGCCUGUCCCAGGCCUUUGUGAACAGGCCAGCAGCUCUGGAACACACCACACGGCCACGUGCGAGCGGGUCCCCCACCUUCACUGCCAAACAGUGGAAAGAGACCUCAACGUGGCUCCUUCCCACCACCAGCCCCCGAGUCCCUGGGGCUCUUCUCGGGGCCCCGGAGGCACGCUGUGGAGCGAGGGGCCCUGAGAGCGGCAGAAGGCUGGGCACCCGUGUGGAGAGAAGAGUGAAGCUGUCCGCUCUCUUCCAGGAGGGCCCCGCUGGGCAGAGGCUGACGAGGGUGUUGGCAGGGCUCCUGUGACCGCACUUGUGCGAGGCCCACACGCAGGAAACGGCUGGCGCAGAAAGACGCCCAGGAUUCGCUUUCGUCUGAGAUGCCCACGGGGAAGAACACUCUCCCUCGGUGGCUGUGGAAAGCCAGGCCUCCCUCCUUCGCAAGCACAGUGGAAUUUCACGUGAAGAGGGCUGCCGCUGGCACCGCCAUCCUGGUGACGUGGGUGCGGAGGGCGUGCCCGGCUGUGCGGCAGCCCUUCAGAGCUCAGUGGCGUCCUCAGAGAGCAGGCUGGGCAGCUCCUUGCUGCUGUCGCCAUGGAUUCUCACCCAUCCUCUGCUGAGAACCUGCCCGGUCUGAUGGAGACCUGGACUCAAAACGCUGGGCUCCCCAGAGCCCGCCCAGCCCCUGAGGCAACGGGAGAUGGGCAGUGGUCCUGACCCUCUCCGGGCAGUUUCCGUGUUGUUGCCUGGGAUGAAUCUUGCAGUUUAAUGUUUUCAGAAGGUUCUGCAAAGGAGGCUGUCGGGUAACCCAGGCACGCACAUCCAGGAAAGUGGGUUCUGCCCAUGGCCGUUGGACACUGGUGGGCCCAGACCCAGACUUGGGGCAGAAGAGAGGACCUGUCUCCAUGGGGAAGCCAAGCUUAACACUGGUCACAAGAAAUCCUUUGUUUGUCUUUGUAGCAAAAAGCCCUCUUGUGGCUUUUAAAUGAGUGUGAUGAGGAACUACCCAGACUUUGAACACGAAGGCAUUAGAAGAGGCACAUCAUCUCCGAAAGUGGCAGAGGGGUCACUAACUGGCAUUUGGAGCAAAGAAGCACUGGCGUGGGGGCCCUGGAGGUGCUGGGGCUGGGAUCUCAGCCAGCGGGAUGGGGGCAGCCAUGCCGGGAAGCUGAGCCCGGUCCCAGCGCUUUCUGUCUGAAGCUGGUUUCCUUCUUGGAGGAGGUGGCAAGGGACCGGGCUCGCCUGCUUCUGCCCCAUUACCUCUGGGCCCGGGGGGCCACUCCUCACCCUUUUCCCAGCCGGCCCGGGGCCUGGGGCAUGGUCACGGCCAUGCUCUCCACACUCUCUGCCCUUGGGCCUGGGGAGGAUGGACUGGCUUCGGGAAUGCAGCGCACUUCCAUGUCCUCUAGGCUUUCAUCACACCUUCCCUGGUUCGCUAUCUGCUUCCUGUGCCGUAAACUGGUUGAAUCCCGUGUUUGACAUCCUCCCUGCAAACCCACUUUAAGAGAAUAGACGAUGUGA